CUCUCUCACUUCCAAGCAAGAGACGGGCGGCGAGGAAGCGAGCGCGAAGCAACGAGAGCUCGAUCGAAUCGAAGGGAUUCCGAGUUGGGCCACCACGGCUAGCCUUGGAGCCGGCCGGUGGGCAACCCACCGCCGCCUCAUCCCCCGCCACCAUCACCCUCGAGUGGAGCACCGCCGGGCUGCCGGCGUGGCCCUACGCCUCCUCUUAGACAAGAAGAGCAGCCCCGCCCUACACGGAGGCCGCGGAGCCCUCCCCUCCGCCGGCGGAAGCCCCUCCGACCUCCUCUUCCUUGCAGGCGGCGGUCAUCUAGCUGCCCCGCUCCUCCUUCCCUUCUCGUAAUCGACCAACUAUUCCCCUUCUCUGCUUUCUUAUCUACGUGCUCUAUAAGGCUAUAUGGAGAUGCUGACCAUCAAGAGGGUCCCCACCGUGCUCUCCAACUACCAGGAGGACGCCGCCGAGCCCCGUGGCUGCGGCCGGAACUGCCUCGGCAAGUGUUGCUUGCCCGUCUCUAAACUUCCCCUUUAUGUCUUCAAGAGCGCGGCGGAGCUGCCGGAUUCUCCGUCGGGCGCCACCGAGAAGCCGCUGGCCGACUUCUUCCUCAACUCCCUUUUGCUUGGACAGUGGGAGGAUCGAAUGAGCAAGGGGUUGUUCCGGUAUGAUGUGACGACCUGCGAGACCAAGGUGAUCCCUGGGGAGCAGGGGUUCAUUGCCCAGCUGAACGAGGGCCGCCACCUCAAGAAACGCCCCACCGAGUUCCGUAUCGACCGUGUCCUCCAGCCAUUUGAUCCCGCCAAGUUUAACUUCACCAAGGUUGGCCAGGAGGAGGUGCUGUUCCGCUUCGAGGCCGGGGGAGGCAACAAGGCUCACUUCUUUGAGAGUGCCCCUGUUGAUGGAGCCACCUCUCCCACCGUCGUCGCGAUCAAUGUGAGCCCCAUCGAGUAUGGUCAUGUGCUGCUGAUUCCUCGUUUGCUCGAUUGCUUGCCUCAGAGGAUCGAUGCCGAGAGCUUCUUGCUUGCCUUUCACAUGGCAGCAGAAGCAGGGAACCCUUACUUCAGGCUGGGAUACAAUAGUUUGGGUGCCUUUGCCACCAUUAAUCACCUGCAUUUCCAGGCUUAUUACUUGUCGCUGCCCUUCCCGGUGGAGAAGGCCCCAACGGAAAAGAUACCAAUGGCUAAGGGCCUGGCCAAUAGUGGUCUGAAGGUCUCACUGUUGAUGAAUUAUCCUGUGAGAGGCCUGGUUUAUGAGGGUGGCAACACCUUGAAGGACCUAGCUGAUGUGGUAGCCAACUCCUGCAUUUGUCUUCAAGAAAACAACAUCCCAUUUAAUGUGCUUAUUUCUGACUCAGGCAGGAGGAUCUUCCUCUUCCCACAGUGCUACGCUGAAAAACAAGCUCUUGGUGAGGUGAGCCAGGAAAUUCUGGAUACUCAAGUGAACCCUGCUGUAUGGGAGAUCAGUGGGCAUAUCGUGCUGAAGCGGAAAAAAGAUUAUGAAGAGGCGUCAGAGGACUACGCUUGGAGUCUCUUGGCUGAGGUCUCCCUCUCUGAAGAGAGGUUUCAAGAAGUGAAAGCUUAUAUCUUUGAAGCCAUAGGAUUGGUGGAGGCUGAAGUGGAAGAUGCGGACGUAAACGAGAAUAAAAGAACCUCACAUCAGUCCACCCCUGUGGACACUACCCAUUUCCCAGAAGGGUGUCUGGUUCAACAAUGAAGGAUGAGCCUUUUCAUUGCAUCGGUUACUGCUGUUUGCUUUUGCUUGUUUCUGAACCAAAUAAGGGCAGUUAAUAUACUGUUGCUUGCAGCAACACUGCCUGAACUUAUUUUUCUUCAGUGUGUUCUCUGUGGUUGGCUGGCUUGUGUACCAACUGUUAGAAUGUCGAGCAGAUGCUGAAUCUAUUGCUUGUUUUCGACCCAUAUCUAGUUCUAUGUACAUUUCUGUU